UACAAAAGCCAAUAGAUUUCUUUCAGUCUUUGCCCAUCAACCCAUAUCUAUCUCACACGAGUCUCUCCUACUACUAUUCUUCACACUCUGCCUCAGGGUCUCUGACUCAUACACGGGGCGCAUUUUCACUUGAACUUAGUUCAAGUUUGCAUCUUUAGCCAUUUUUCCACUCUCUACUGGAGCAGAACAUGGCACAGAUUUUGGCACCCUCGACGCAAUGGCAGACGAGAAUCACCAAAACCUCUCCCAAUGCAAGUCCCAUUACAUCAAACAUGUGGAGUUCUUUAUUGUGGAAACAAAACAAGAAAGUUGCACGUGCUUCUAAGUUUAGAGUACUGGCAAUCAAGUCUGAUGGUAGCACCAUCAACAGGCUAGAGGGUCUGCUUAAUUUGGAUGUCACUCCAUACACUGAUAAGUUCAUUGCUGAGUACAUCUGGAUUGGGGGGACUGGUGUCGAUGUUCGCAGUAAAUCAAGAACUAUAUCGAAGCCUGUUUCACAUCCCUCUGAGCUCCCUAAAUGGAACUAUGAUGGAUCUAGCACUGGGCAGGCACCGGGCGAUGAUAGUGAAGUAAUUCUAUAUCCUCAAGCAAUUUUCAGAGAUCCUUUCCGUGGUGGUAACAAUAUUUUGGUUAUUUGCGAUGCUUACACACCACAAGGUGAGCCUAUCCCUACAAACAAGCGGCACAGAGCUGCUGAAAUCUUCAGUAACCCAAAGGUUCAAGCUGAAAUUCCAUGGUAUGGAAUAGAACAAGAGUACACCCUACUUCAAACGGAUGUGAAGUGGCCUUUGGGAUGGCCUGUUGGCGGCUAUCCUGGUCCUCAGGGUCCCUAUUACUGUGCUGCCGGGGCUGAUAAGUCAUUCGGACGUGAUAUAUCUGAUGCUCAUUACAAGGCUUGCUUGUAUGCUGGAAUCAACAUCAGUGGCACCAAUGGGGAGGUUAUGCCUGGGCAGUGGGAGUAUCAAGUUGGUCCUAGUGUAGGUAUUGAAGCUGGUGAUCAUAUCUGGGCUUCAAGGUACCUCCUUGAGAGAAUCACUGAACAAGCUGGUGUUGUCCUCACUCUUGAUCCAAAACCAAUUGAGGGUGACUGGAACGGUGCCGGAGCCCACACCAAUUACAGCACAAAGAGCAUGAGGGAAGAGGGAGGCUUUGAGGUAAUCAAGAAGGCAAUUUUGAAUCUAUCCCUUCGCCACCAGGACCAUAUUCGUGCUUAUGGAGAAGGAAAUGAGAGACGAUUGACGGGAAAGCAUGAAACAGCCGACAUUAACACAUUUUCUUGGGGAGUGGCUAACCGGGGUUGCUCAAUCCGUGUGGGAAGAGACACAGAGAAGGAAGGAAAAGGUUACUUGGAAGACAGGCGCCCUGCUUCAAACAUGGAUCCAUAUGUUGUGACAGCAUUGCUGGCAGAGACUACCUUGUUGUGGGAACCAACUCUAGAGGCUGAAGCUCUUGCAGCUCAGAAGAUACAAUUGAAGGUCUAAAUCUAUUGAUUGAUGGCAUUCUUGAUGGAGAGCACGUACACUUUCCUUUUAGAUUAUCUACAUUCUGAAGAUCUUGUUUGGACAAAAGAGGCUCCUAUGCCCAGUUAUUGAUUGUCAAAUGAAAUGUGCACUGUAUAUCAUAAAUUCUGUUGGUUAUGUUUGCAUCUGGACAAACAUUGAUGCUUGGUUAUAUUUCAGUGUUCCUUCGGAUUUGA